AUGAGACAAUUCACACUACUUGCGUUAAUCUGUACUUUGGGAGUUCAGGCCAUUUCAGAUCACACUCCUUACAUUAUUGGCGGACAUCCAGCUACUCACAAGCCAUAUAAUGCGUAUUUUGUAUACCUAAAUGCACAAAAUGCAGGAUUCUUUGGUGGGGGAUCAAUUGUUUCGGACCGACACAUAAUAACAUCUGCGCAAAAUAUUUACGGUUUUGUCCGAUGGGAUGUUGGAGUCGGCAGUCACAUUUUAGCUCAAUUGACCAUGACAACCUCCACCACGGCUAUUGCACAUCCUAACUUUAAUACCAAUAGAGCGAACGACAUUGGUAUCAUUACGUUGCCGACCCCUCUUAUUUUCACGCCAACUGUAGCACCAAUUAUGUUGCCGGCUGGGCAAGAAUUACCGUUGGAGAAUGAACAGGGAACCAUUGUUGGGUUUGGUUUCACUACUGCACAAUCCACUGGUCAGUCGAGUACCCUAAUGAGGUCAUUCCAGCGAGUUAUAAACGAUGUUCGUUGCCAGCAGUUGUACCAGAAUAUUAUACUCCCAAAUCACUUCUGUGCCGAAGACACCGUCGAAAUGUCUAACAUCUGUAGUGGUGACGUUGGCGCUGGUUUCGUGACUGAAGUACGUGGCAACCCGAUGCUGACUGGUGUAGCAUCAUUGAUGAUAACAGGUUGUGGUAACACGAGCCCAUCCGCAUACACGAGAAUUUCGUCAUUCAGACUAUGGAUUCAGCAAGUGACGGGAGUGUAA